AACUAAUAACUGUGGUCUUGCUUCAGCGGCUCCAUCGAUCGGCGAGGAGGAGGAAGAGGAAGAGAGGGAACCCUAGCAGAUGGAACCCGGAAUAUUCCCACCCACACUCUGAUCCCCGUCCUCCAUGGAUCUCUCCUCCCUCCAAUCCCGGGCUUCCUCGUCCUCCUCCGCCGGUGCCUACUUCCCCCCGCACCGGACCCAGCUCCACCCCCGCUUGUACUACGCGCCCCCUCCCCCGGCCCCCCGCACCCCACUCUGCGGCGGAGGUGACCGUCGCUGGAUCCUCUCUGCCGGCCUCCUGAUCCUUCCGUUCCUCUUCUACCUCUUUGCUGCCGCCGGCCGCGCUCACCUCUCCUCCCACUUCGAUGCCCCUCGACCCAAGGGCUUCGGCCUCGUAAUCGACGCCGGCUCAUCCGGAUCCCGGAUCCACGUCUUCGAGUUCCUCAAUGAGGGGAGGAUCCCUUUUGUUGGCUUCGAUGGCAAGGGGUCGGUGUCGAUGCGGGUGAAGCCCGGGUUGGUUGCGUUCGCUGCGGCGCCGGAGGAGGCUGGUGGGUCGAUUCUGAAGCUUCUGGAGUUUGCCAAGGGGAGGGUACCGACGGCGGAGUGGAGGACGACGAAGGUGCAGCUGAUCGAGAACGGAGGGUUGGGGAGCUGUCCGUUGCGCGUGAGGACGGCGAUCUUGGAAUCUUGCAGGCAGGUGCUGAGGUCGUCUGGGUUCAUGUUUAGGGAUGAUUGGGUUUCCACCAUCACUGGCCAACAAAAAGGUAUCUAUGCUUGGAUAGCUGCCAACUAUGUCCUUGGGACAUUAGGAGGGAAUCAUCAGGAAACUAUGGGGAUCAUUGAACUUGGUGGGGCUUCUGCUCAGAUUACAUUUGUUCCAGAAGAGCCACCUCCCUUGGAAUACUCUCGGAUGCUUAAACUGCCUGGUGUUACUUAUAACCUUUACAGCAAAAGUAUUCACCAAGCUGGUCAGGAUUUAGCAUGGGAAUCAUUGACAGAAUUACGUAACUCCAGCAUUGUGGCAACAGCUUCAGGCAAUAUUGAGGGACCUAUCAGGUCUUCAUGCAUUCCUAAAGGGUACAAUCGAAGUUCUAUUGCAACAUCAAAUGCACUUCAAAAGAACAUCUCACAUGAUGUAGAGGGUAAUUUUGCUACAUGUAGAUCGAAGGCCUAUAUGUUCCUGCAACAAGGUGAAAUUUUACAAAGAUUUAAGGCUGAUAUGCAAGGACAACAACUUGCUUUUGAGAAAUUUUUCUACAUUUCAGAGUUGUUUGGGAUGACACCAAAGGCAUCUUUAUCAGAUGUAGAAGCUGCUGGACGUCACUAUUGCGAGGAUCAUUGGGUUAGUCUAAAAGAGGAACACUUUGGCAUUGAUGAGAUGGACCUGAAAAAAUAUUGCUUUUCGUCUGCUUUUAUGGUGUCGCUACUACAUGAUGGUCUAGGAAUUCCUAUGGAGGAAAAGCGGAUAGGGUUUGCUGUUCCCACCGGAAGCAGUCCUCUCGAUUGGACACUGGGUGCAUUCAUUCUGCAAACGGUGGUGGAAACCGAGUCUGGUGCAGAAACCAUCACAAACAUUGCUGGGAGUGACACAUUAACAUUCAUUUCAUUGUUUGCAAUUCUUCUAUUAGUAACUCUUUCUGUGCUUUAUGUAUGGAAUUGGCGAAGACCAAGGUUGAAGACAAUUUAUGACCUGGAAAAGGGACAUUACAUAGUUACUCGGAUGCCUGUAUGAUUUUUUGCUCUCCAUUUCUUGGGAGUACCUGUACACGUAGUAUUCACUUUGUAGCAAAUUACAAUUAUUCUUUCACAGACAAAUGACAGAAGAAAUGAAGAGUAGCCGAGAUUUGGAACCUUA